AACAAUAAAACUCCAGAGGUUGAGAGUGAGGCGGCAGCCAAGAAUUUGUGCAAACGCGGGUGUGGUUUCUACGGCAGUGUGCAAUUUAACAACAUGUGCUCCAAAUGCUACCAAGAGUAUCUGAAAAGCGAAAAAUCAACUCAGAGUUCGAAAAACGUGUCUGCUGCUUACCCGGCUCUAAAAUCCAAUCAGUCGGUUCUGCUGAAUGAUCUGGACAUACUAAAAAAGGCUUCUCUCUCCCACUCUGAAACUUUCGCUUGCAAAAGGAAACUGCCCGCAUCCGAGAGUUCAGAAUCCUUGUUUUCAGUCGCAUCUUCUGAAUCAGAAAUAGUACCCAAAAGUGAUUCGGUUAACAUUCCCAAAGCCCAUACUCAACGUACAGUAAAUCGGUGCCAAAAGUGCAAAAAGCGUGUCGGUCUCACAGGCUUUCAGUGUCGGUGCGAGGGGCUGUUUUGUGCUCUUCAUCGAUAUUCCGACCAGCACGAUUGCACCUUCGACUACCGCAAACAGGGUCAAGAUCAGAUCGCUCGUGACAACCCCGAGGUGCGUUGUCCGAAAAUCCGCAAAAUUUAA